AUCCAACCUAAACCUCCCCUGGCUCACUUUAAAACCAUUCCCUUGUCCUGUCACCAUCCAUCCUUGUAAACAUUCAUGCAGUGCAGUAAGCCUUGCUCACAUCCAACCCAUCCUCACUUUAGGGGCACUAUCUACCUCACCUCUGCCCAAGCGAAGCUUGGGGCUGAGGCUUUCCUCCAUGACGAGAAGGAGAAAAUCAUAGAAUCACAGAAUGGCUGAAGUUAGAGGGGAUGUUAAAACCCUGCCAUCCCUCUGAUGUGGACUGGGUGCCAUCACCCUCCCCGCUCCCCCAUCCAGCUCAGGCUGCUCAGGGCUCAUCCAUGGCCUUGUCACCUCCAGGGAUGGGCACCCACAGCUCUGGGCAGCAGUGCUGGGGUCUCACCAUCCUCUGGGGAAAGCAUUUCCUCUUCACGUCUGUUCGGAGGGCGUCUUUUAGUUUAAAGCCAUUCCCUUUUGUCCUAUCACUAUCAGACUGUGUGAAAAGUCCCUCUCCCUCCUAUUUAUCAGCUCUCUUCAGGCACUGGAAGGCCUCAGUGAGGUCUCCUCACAGCCUUCCCUUCUCCAGGCCGAACACCCCCAGCUCCCUCAGCCUGUCUCCAUAGAGAGGUGCUCCAUCCUCUGAGCAUCCCCAUGCCCUCCUCUGGACCCACAGCCCCACAUCUCUCCUGUGCUGGGGGCCCCAGACCUGAGUGCAGUGCUCCACACAAGGGCAGACAGAGGGAAGCAAUCCCCUCCCUGCCCACUGCCCCCUCUGUUGGUGCAGCCCUGCUGGCCUUAUGGGCUGCGAGUGCACACUGCUGCCUCGUGUCCUGCUUUUCUCCACCAGAACCUCCACAUCCUACUCCACAGGGCUGUUCUGAGGGCGUCCUUCUCUCAGUAAAAUGGCUGUUCCCAAUCCCUCCUUGUCCCCUAGCCGUAAGGAGAGGCAUCUACGAUAGGUUUGGUGAGGAAGGUCUCAAAGGUGGCAUCCCUGUGGAGUCUGGAGGUGAAGAUGCUUGGACUGCUGGUUACGUGUUCCACAACAACCCCGACAAAGUCUUCAAGGAGUUCUUUGGAGGACACAACCCCUUUGCAGAGUUCUUCACCAAGGAUGGCUUGGAGGUGACCCUGCCCUUUGGAGGGCUGCGAGGAAGAGGUGUGAUGAAGCAGGACCCCCCGAUGGUGUGGGACCUCCACGUCUCCCUUGAGGAUCUCUUCUUUGGCUGCACCAAGAAGAUGAAGAUCUCCCGUCGGGUGAUGAACGAAGACGGCCAAACCAGCACCAUCAAGGACAAGAUCCUGAUCAUCGACGUGCAGCCGGGCUGGAAGCAAGGCACCAGGGUCACGUUUGAGAAGGAAGGAGACCAGGGCCCCAACAUCAUUCCAGCCGACAUCACCUUUGUUAUCCAAGAGAAACCUCACCCGAGGUUUAAAAGAACCAAGGAUGACCUCAUUUACGUGGCCAAUAUCCCCCUGGGAAAGGCACUGAUUGGCUGCACGGUGGAUGUGAGGACGCUGGACGGGCGGCUGCUGAACGUCCCCAUCAAUGACAUCGUGCACCCCACGUACUGCAAAGUGGUGCCUGGGGAGGGGAUGCCUCUGCUCAAGGACCCGCGGCGUAGGGGUGACCUCCUCAUCCACUUCAAUGUCUGCUUCCCCAAACGCCUCACGCCCGACAAGAAGCUGCUCCUGAGGCGUGCGCUGCUGUCCUAGGAGCUGUCAGCCUCCUGCUGUCCUGGUGAGGCUGCCAGCACUCGUUCCCCAGUUUUGGGCUGCUCCCUUCUGGCAAGACCAGAAUCAUUGAGGAAAACACCACGAGGAUUGUAACCCAACUGCACCUCCGGACCAGGAGAAAAACCCACCCCUGUAAUAAAAAUAAGGAGCCGAGGCGCAGGAAGGAGGGGACGAACCUGCGGUGAGGACAGCAGUGUUGGAGGGGACGUCAGCCAUCCCUGCUUUGUGCCACAGUGGCAAAAUGAGGCCGGGCUGGCAUUCAUGUACCGCGUCUUCACCACGUCCACCGGUGACGCCACCACCGUGGCGCAGAAUCCAGCCCCAAAAGCAGCCACGAAGUGACAGGGGAUGUUGUCUGCGG